AUGACAUCAUUUGACGACAUUCUAGAAAACAUUGGGCAGUUUGGUUUGUUUCAGAAACAGCUGUUUUUUAUCAUGUGCCUGAUAUCUGCUGUGUACAGUCCAAUAUACGUGGGCAUUGUCUUUCUAGGCUUUGUGCCUGAAUUCCGAUGCAAUAAUUCUGUAGCUGAGGUUCUGAGGACUAACUGUGGAUGGAGCAUUGAGGAUGAAAUGAACUUCACUGUUCCAGGACUGGAUAACUCCACAGAUGUCUCAUACAUAAAUCAGUGUUUUCAGUAUGAUACAGAUCGGAAUAGCACAUCUCUCAAUUGUACAGAUCCAUUAAGGAGCAUUACAUCUAAUAAUAAUGACAUACCGGUUACUAGAUGUACAGAUGGGUGGGUAUAUGCAACUACAGGAUCAUCCAUAGUGACAGAGUUUAACCUUGUGUGUGAUGAUGCAUGGAAGCUGGAUCUGUUUCAGUCACUAGUGAAUCUUGGAUUCUUUAUUGGCUCACUGUUCAUAGGAUACAUUGCAGACAGAUUUGGCCGCAAACCUUGUCUAUUAAUUUCUCUCUCCAUCACUGCUGUUUUUGGCGUCCUUGUGGCUUUUGCUCCUACAUACCCAUGGCUUGUUACCUUCCGCUUCAUUCAGGGGUUAGUUAGCAAAGGCAGCUGGUUGUCGGGAUAUAUUCUAGUUGCAGAAUUUGUUGGCUUGGAGCAUAGAAAAACGAUUGGAAUUGUGUACCAAGUUGCAUUCAGUGUUGGACUUCUGGUGCUUACAGGAGCAGCUUACCUCAUCACUAACUGGAGAUGGCUGCAGCUGGCGGUCACAUUGCCAAAUUUUGUAUUCUUGACAUAUUACUGGUGUGUUCCAGAAUCACCACGAUGGCUGAUAUCCCAAAGCCGGAGAACUGAAGCUAAUGUAAUUAUACAGCAUAUAGCAAAGAAGAAUAAAAGAGCACUGACACACACAUUACAGAGUCUGACUGCAACUGAGGAAUCUGGUGAUAAGCAAAUUCCAUCUUUCACACAUCUUGUCAAAACACCUCAAAUUAGGAAACAUACUUUUAUUCUGAUGUAUGCCUGGUUUGCAUGUGCUGUUAUUUACCAGGGACUGAUUAUGCACAUGGGAGCUACCGGUAGUGACAUUUACUUCGACUUUUUUGUCUCCGCUAUGGUUGAAUUCCCAGCUGCCUUUAUAAUAAUAGUUACAGUGGAUCGUAUUGGCCGCCGGUACCCAUGGGCAGUGGGAUGUAUAAUAACAGGACUGGCAUGCCUUGUUACUGCUUUCAUUCCAGAAGGAUUACAUUGGCUUAGAGUAACGCUGGGAUGUGUGAGCAGAAUGGGUAUUACACUGUCCUAUGAGAUGAUUUGUUUGGUGAAUGCUGAGCUGUAUCCAACUUUUAUCAGAAACCUUGGCAUAAUGGUCUGCUCCUCAAUGUGUGAUAUUGGUGGAACCAUAACGCCAUUCAUUGUUUACCGAUUGGCAAAUGUCUGGAAAGAGCUGCCACUAUUAGUAUUUGCUGUGAUAGGAAUACUGUCUGGGGUACUUGUGCUGUGUCUCCCGGAAACCAAAGGACGGGCUCUCCCAGAAACCAUUGAAGAAGUAGAGAGUUUUCACAAAAAAGAAAAAAACAGCAGAAUAAACAUAACAUACUUGGAGGUAAAAACUACAGACUGUUAAUUAUUGCUGUACGUGGACUUGGAAUAUGAUUGGAAUAUAAAGUAAUAAAAUGAGAUACAAACUGA